CACUCUACACGCUGCACUCUAUUCUAUCCAUAGCCUCUCUACUCGGGGCACUAUCAUUAUCUGUAUAUUUUACAAUCAUAUUAACCCUUUAAUCAACCCAUAGAUACCUUUUGUAAUGGCUUCGACAGUCGACCAACCCCCUCGCGCGCCCCCCGUCAAGUAUACCGCUCACCUAGGAACUCGCUGGCAAAAAGAAAAGGCUGCUGCUGGUCACGGCGCUUUCGAGUUUCCUGAAGACCCAAGGUAUAUCGGCCAAUGGAUCAUCGGCGAGUGCGUCGGCAAAGGUGCAAGCGGUCGCGUCCGCAUCGCAAAGCACCGCCGUACUGGCCAACUCGCCGCCGUCAAAAUUCUCCCCCUUCAACCGGUAGUCAACUCCCGUGCUUCCCUUGCCACACAGCAAGCAAAGUCAGAAAAGCAACGGUUGGGUAUCGACAGAGAAAUUAUCAUGAUGAAACUCAUGAACCACCCAAACAUCCUCCGUAUCUACGAUGUAUUCGAAGGCGAGAAGGAACUCUACCUUGUUCUUGAGUACGUAGAAGGCGGCGAGCUCUUUGACUUCCUUGUCAACCGCGGAAGGCUCCCUCCUCUUGAGGCUCUCUCUUUUUUCAAACAGAUCGUCUACGGACUCAACUACGCCCACACUUUCUCUAUUAUCCACCGUGAUCUUAAACCCGAAAAUAUCUUGAUUCACUCGCUGAACCCGCCGCUCAUUAAACUUGCCGAUUGGGGCAUGGCAGCUUUUGCCCCUCCUGCCCUACAACUGGAAACUAGCUGUGGAAGCCCUCACUACGCUAGCCCGGAGAUUGUCAACGGUCUGAAAUACAGAGGCAACGCCACUGACAUCUGGAGCUGCGGCGUUAUCCUCUUUGCAUUACUUACCGGCAGGCUUCCAUUCGACGACAAGAAUGGCAAGUACGACGUUCCAGCCUACAUCGAUCCUAUGGCAAAAGACCUCUUGUCUCGCAUGCUUGUAGUAGAUGUCACCCGUCGGAUCACGAUUCCCGAGAUCAUGGGGCACCCUUGGUUCAACAAACCAACCCCGGGAAUUGUCUAUGUUCCAGCUCCCUCUGUCGCUGAACUGGCUCUUCCCCUACCGUCUGCGGCUCGUAUCGAUCCGGAUCUUUUGGAAUCUCUCCGCGUCAUCUGGGGGAGACAUGGCGAUAUCGACAUCAUCAAAGCUGACCUCUUGAGCUCAGCAGGCGAAGGCACAUUGGCCAAGGCGUUCUAUUUCUUGUUGCAACACUACCGCGAGCAGACUCUUAAAGAUUAUGGUAUCAUUCUCGAUGUAGGCGAGACGCCUGUGUCUCCCGGCAUGAAGAUCAUCACAAAGCAGUACAUGUCCCCCCCUCCGAAGAGGGGCAUUGACGCAGAUACAUAUUCUCUGCGAUUGCAGAGUAGUCGGAAUGCACCCCCACCUCCGUCCCGCACACCCUCGCCACAGCCACCUGGUCUCGCUCAUCCUUCACCUGACGGAGCUUCACGAGCCCGACCUCCGUCCCCAAUUGGACCCAGACCACCUCGCGUUCGACCUAUGUCUUCCCCCGUCCGUGAGGCUCCCACACGCCAUAGGAGCAUGAGAGUUGGCCACGUCAUCACUGAACCUGCGAAUGCUCACCCCGAGCCCCAAUACAGGACGCGUGCGUCAACCGUCUCUCUUCUCUAUCCUCGAGCAAAUCAGGACCAGCACGGCUAUCUCGCGCACAACCAGCAAAUGUACCAGCCUUUGGCUGUUCCGAGCACACCACCAAUGGGGUCCCGCUUGCCUGGCGCUCCUGCGCACCCGGUCCUGAACCCUUGUAUUCUCCGGGCUCCCGUUCCAGUUUCUGCUAUUUCGAACGAACAGGUAUCAGCGAACGCGAUAGAAAUCGAGAUACAGCCUGCGACGGGCUCUGACCCGGAUUGGGUGAACGUUCUUUCGGCGUGGCACAGCGUAACGCAGGGGCGCGAUCAGGCGCAGGCUUUCUAUUCUCCGACUCAAGGGUACGCAGAGGCAUUCGUCGACCGUCGCAGUUGUACAAAUACUGGGGUCGAUUAUAGUUACCAAUCCCCCGGUGAGGCUGAUAAGGAGAACCACGACCAGUACAACUUCCGACAGCCUUACGGUGUCGAUGUCAUGCAAGCACGUGGCGGGUUGUUUGGUGGUAGGCUCAACGAAGGACGCGUCGGACGUGAGUUGCGCAACAGCAUCUAUGGUGCUCGUGAGGUUAUGAAAGAAAAGGACAAAAAAUCACGACCCCCCGCGCUCGAUCUGCAUCCACCAGCCCACCCAUCCAAGCGCUCCAUCCUCGGCUCACCACUCCAGAUCUCCUCCCCCGUCAUGCCCUCCAUCCUUGCCUCCCCCGUCGGCGAAGUCAAAGGCUGGUUCUCCAACCUCUUCAACUGGAAAGCACACACCUACGUCCUCUGUUCGACUGACACCUUGUACGCCACGCGUAACGAAGCCGUUCGCAUUCUCGAGCAGUUUGGCGUGGUCGUUGGUCUUGAGGAGACGGAUGGGCACGGGGUUCUCCGGUGUCGAAUGAGCGACCUUAUCGAUACGAUGUCAGGGUCCGUCGUACAGAAGCAGGUUCGGUUCAGAGUUGAGUUCUCUUCAUCCGCGUCUGCGUCCUCGUCUUCGCAGGGACAGCCACAGUCCCCCGCUGCCAGUCCACCAUUGCCCGUGUAUCAUGCUUCAGGUCCGAUGUCGCCGACGCUUCGGCAUGGGUUUGGGAGGCCGUCGUUGGGGAGCGGUUUUACGUGCGCGAUUGUGCUCGUGCAGGAGAAAGGCUCGGUGUCUAGUUUUAGGAUGGUGUGUAGGUGGUUAAGGGAGGAGUGGUCGUUGGAUGCUUUGCAGUCGCCUAUCACUGGGGCUGGGGCGUUUAUGGAGACGCAGAGGUUUGUGGUGUGAGGGGGCGGGGCUCACAUUUUGAUGCCUCAUUCCUAUCUUUGCUCUAUGCAUGGCUAGACGAACUCGACGGAAUACCAGACGACUCGUGUACAGUUCAU